AUGGCUACACAUCCUCUUCAGGCAAUUGGGGAGGCCGUCGGUGCUGCUGGAGCCGACCCGCGGGUUCUUCAACGCUCCUCGCUCUUUCAAGGCGCCAAUGAUGGACCCGCGAAGACAGCAGCCAAAAUUACUGGGGUACAGAGGAUCGCAAAAAGAGCCGAUGAUGGGCCCUAUUUCACAAACAAUGAAGCCAUACCGUUGCCGGACCCAGCCCACAGUAAAACUGCAGGUGGGCUACCUGUCGUCUCUGAUUUGUUCCUACUUCAAAAGCAGCAACAUUUCAACCGGUCCAAGAACCUAGAGCGAAUGGUUCAUCCUUGCGGUAGCGGAGCGUUUGGCUUUUUCGAGACCACAAAGGAUAUGUCCUCCCUCACAAAAGCAAACUUUCUGAGAUCAACUAAUAUCAAGACACCUGUCUUUGUACGGUUUUCUACAGUGACCUUUGGCCGGGAAUUUCCGGACCUGGCGAGGAACCCGCGAGGUUUCGCUGUGAAAUUUUACACAGGGGAGGGAAAUUAUGAUGUCGUGGGGCUGAACUUUCCGGUAUUCUUCUGUCGCGAUCCAAUCCAAGGUCCGGAUGUUAUCCGCUCCCAGUACCGUAACCCAAAGAACUUCCUCGUGGAUUAUAAUUCGCUUUUCGACUUGCUAGCCAAUACUCCUGAAGGCAACCAUGCUGGAAUGAUGUUCUUCAGCGACCAUGGCACUCCCGCCGGAUGGAGAAACCAACACGGAUAUGGCUGCCAUACAUUCAAGUGGGUUAAUGCCAGCGGCAAGUUCGUGUAUAUCAAGUACCACUUCCUCGUGGAUACCGGGCAAAAACUGUUCAAUGCGGAGGAGGCUGUGAAGUAUGGAGGGGAAGAUCCCGACUACUCCAAGAGAGAUCUUUGGAGCGCUAUAGAAAAGGGCGAGCGGAUAUCAUAUACUGCGCAUGUGCAAAUCAUGCAACCCGACGAAGCUGACCCAGUGAAACUCGGAUUUGACCCCUUCGAUGUUACGAAGGUCUGGCCGAAGAAGCAAUUCCCGCUACAUGAAUUUGGCAGGCUUGUGUUGAACAAAAACCCCGAGAACUUCCACAGAGACGUCGAGCAAGCUGCCUUUUCUCCUGGCAGCAUGGUGCCCGGUAUUGAGGACAGCCCGGAUCCUCUGCUGCAGUUUCGCAUGUUCUUUUACCGUGACGCCCAAUACCACAGAAUCGGCAUCAACCUGCAUCAGGUGCCAGUAAACUGUCCGUUCAUGGCGUCGUCAUAUUCCUCGCUCAACUUUGAUGGUCAAAUGCGUGUGGAUGCAAACCAUGGCAUGAACCCACAAUACACGCCGAACAGUUUUACUCACAAAUUCCGACCCGAUACUGCCGAGACUCCAUAUCAACUAGCUGAUAACAUUGUUGGGAGGAAAUCACACUUCUAUCAUGAGGGUUCACCUUCAGAGUAUGACCAACCUCGUGCGUUAUAUCGAGAUGUCAUGGAUGAGAAAGCGCGAGCCCAUCUUCACUCAAACACCGCGCGUCACCUGAAACUAGUGGAGUACACAGAGAUCCAGGUGAAGUACCUGGCGCAAUUGGCGCGUAUUGCCCCAGAGUACGCAAAGUCGGUGUACGACUUGCUUCCGGAGAAGAAAUUCGAUUUUAUAGAGGUGGAACAACGCACAGGGGGUGCAGAGCGUGUUGGUAAGGAGGCCAAAUUCUUGCCAACUAAGGAGACAGAUGUAUUGCGGGGAUUGUGUCCGAUGAAACCUGUUUACAAUGUUUGA